AUGCCCUUUACCGAAUGGACUCUUGCUGUGGGAAAUGGGAAUGUGCCAGGAAAAUCAUUUCCUUCUAACCAAUCUACUGAUUGGAUAGAGAUUCCGGAAUCAUUACUGCUUCCUUCUUCAGGAAAUCCCAUCCAUACGAUUACGUCUACAGUCUAUCCUGACUUUGCUCAACGGUUCCAUAAUGUAUCGUACCUCACUGAAAGAUCCAUUAUCACACCGACCAAUGCAAAUGUCACAGAGAUCAAUUCUCAUAUGUUAGCUCUGAUUCCGGGAAUGCCACGCACAUAUUUUAGUGGUGACAGUCUUCAUACAGAUGCAAGCGAUCCAGACCGACUCGAAGCUGAAUAUCCCACUGAAUUCCUUAAUUCCUUGUCCUUCAAUGGCUGCCCUGAACAUCAGAUUGAUCUCAAGGUAUUUGCUCCAAUUAUGCUGUUGAGGAAUCUAAACCCAUCCUUGGUCUUUGUAAUGGUACACGCUUAA